UCUUCUGUUUACACGCGCUGUCGGGCUUUAGGGAUUCCUCGCCCGUUUCGGAUCCGCGUCGUGGUUUCCAUGGAGGAUUCGGCGAAGAGGAGGGAGAGGCUUCAAGCCAUGCGCACGGAGGCCUCACGGGCCGCCGCUUCCCCCUAUUCCUCUCCAGCCUCGGCGCCGGUGCCCCUGCCGCUGCCGCUUCUCUCAGAACCUCCGGUUCCGCUGCCAGGGGGCCUCGAAAGCCCCCCGCCGCCCGCCCCCAGGUUCGAGUUCUAUUCCGAUCCGAUGUCGACCUUCUCGGCCGCUAAGAGGAUGAGAGGCGUGGGCACCGGCGCCGCCGGAUUUAGUCCCUCUUCCCCCUACCGCCCUCAUCCUCCUACUCCUCCGCCGCCGCCGCAAUCAACCUUCCCUAGUGGAAUAAGGAACACAUACAUGGAUAGCAGUUAUGCUUCGGUUCAGCAGCUUCAUAUGUCCCAGCCGCCAGAUUCUAGCUCAUAUGGAACACCAUCACAUGUACCUUACAGUAGUCCAUGGAGAAGCCCUGUUCGGUCACCAACUCCCUUCUCAGGGUACCGAGGAUCCCCUGCUUGUGGCCCAGGUUCCUGGAACAGAUCCAGUGGAAGUGGUUCCACUGGACGUGGCUUUUCCACAUACUCUUCCAACAGUGUUCCUAGGAGCCCUCAUUUUGGACCAGUAGAAAGUCCUAGGAGCAUUGCCUUUAGUAAUAGUCCACAAUCUAUUACUGGAAGAGGCAGGGGUCGACAAUUUUGUGGUGGCCCAAGUCCUAGGCCAAGUGGUGGUAGAGGCCGAAGUUUUAGUGGUAAAGCCUCAGCUCGAGAAGAUAUUGAGCGUUACUACUUGAAGUCUAUGAUUGAGAACCCUUGGCAUGACUUAGAACCAGUAGUUGGAAAUAUACUGGAGCCAAUGGCUGGCCAUGGAUAUUGGCUUCCAGAAUCAAUAUCCGGGAAGAAAAGCGGAGUAUCUGAAACCGAGAGGAGAAACCAGUUCAGUUCCAAGUCAAGCCUCGCUGAAUUCCUUGCAGCGUCCUUGGAAGAGGCCGUCAAUGAUGAUUAGAUUCCACCUCUAAUUCCAUUAGAAAGGUUCGCAAGUGAUUUAUUCAAAUAUAACACUUUGGAAUGCAAAGAUCUUGUCGUCAGCAUCAUGGACCUCUCCAUUGGUAAGACUAAAUCAGCAGCUAGAUGAUCUGAAAAAAGUUCCCUGGAGCAGUGUGCCAUAAAGAAAAGGCAAUUGGAUGCAAGAACAUAUGCGGCAACGGCAGAAUGUUCUUUGACAGUUGUAACAAUGUUACACUUAAGAAAUGUAAGCCAGAAAAGUUGAGGCAACGGUAGAAUGUUCAUCGACAUUUGUAACUAAGAAAAGGUGCUGUGCAGCCUUGGUUUUUAAUUUCCAGCCUGAAAGAAACUGACGUUCCAUUUUGAAUUCUGAUGCAAAUGCAAUAUUGCAGUAGUGUAACUCUUUUAACAGUCAGACUUGGUUUGCGGCUGACCAAUCUACUAGCUAUGGGGAAAUCAUUUUUGUGGUGA